UGGACAGUCUGAUCUUUGUGUACUCACCGAUGUCAUUCUGGAAAGUGUUUCUCUUGUCAAUGCUUGUAAAGAUGAUAACAGUGUGGUCAGCGGUAGAAAGACAAGUACCGUUCACCAAUGUCAAGAUUUUAACCACUGGCUCUGUCACCAGCGUUCAUCUUACAGACAUUCAUACAGGCCGUACAAUCCCCCUAGCACUCUGCUACGAGGCAUUCACUAGCACAGUGAUUCACAUGCUGCGUACAGGUACAGGCUAUGCUAGUAAAGUCCAUACAAAACUACGCAACACGCUCUAAAAUUGAUCAUAAAGAGACAGUCACUGACUUUGCUGAACAUAAGGUGGACGACUGAAAGACAAAUAGAGAGACGCAGAGAGACAGAGAGAGGGAGAAAGAGAAAAGACAGAGAGGAAGAGGGAGAAACAGAGGAAGAGUUCGCCAACACUCCUUGCUACACCAUGGCUAAAUUCCCUGUGGGAUUUGCUACUAUUGCUGCUGUUGUUCUCUUGAACCAUUGCUGUCACGUGACUGGUACUGGUGAUAGCUGUAUGGUGAGGAGAAUGCUGAAGGCAGGUAUUGCACAGAGCAAAGCACUGCAGUACGAGCAACGUGCUCUUCUGGUUACGAUGUCGGAGAAUAUGAUAAGUAGCACUGACGUCGGUGUUCUGAAGUUUGUCUUGCAGUCUACAAGAGCUGAUGCUCAAGCAAUUCAGAAAUGUAAACUUCAACAAUCCGAUGUUUGCAAGACCUACUCGCCCUGUGUCAAUGGUGGUCAGUGUCAGUUGUCGCUGUCCAAUACGUCAUACGUAUGCAAGCGUCAUCCUGACUUCACUGGCGACUACUGUCAGACGCCGCAUCCUGCUCCGUUAGAUGAGUUCAGGAGUCUACAGAAUGAAGUUAAAGAGCUACGAAAGCAACUGGCAGACACUCAAAGCAGAACUCAGUAUGACGUCACUGGUUGUAACCGGAGAAGCGUUGGUUACAAGUACCAAAGUCUUGUACGCGGCAACGAAAUUAAUGAAGGCCGUAUCGCAACACUGUCGUUCAGAAAGAAGCAUAACAACACUGCACUCAAGUUAUCCUAUUCUGGUACUAUAAGCACAUGGGGAGCAGGUACAGCUGCACGGUGGUACUUCAAGAUCGACAACAGGGAGUGCGUUAGACCCACCAAGAUUGAUAUAGCCAUGUACCAGAGCAGUGCCGACGUCACCCACAUCCCAGCCGUACUAACUGGUAUCUGUGAGUCGACGCACAGCACUGGAGCUAACAUUGCAGCUGGAGAUCACACCAUCACUGUACAUGUCGGGGGGAACGUUGAGGGGUAUGGCAUUGGUAAUCCCACCUCAGGAUGGGCGUCUACAUCUAUUCUGGAAAUUCAAGAAAUGUGUCCUCAAUAUUAAAAAGGGGGUUGGGGCACCGUGCUAGUGCUUCCAUACAGGACCUGUGGAUUGAGAGAGUAUGAAGGCACUUCUCCCCAGCUACAGGAACAGGUCAUUCUGAUUCGAUCGAAACGAUUUCUUGUGGCACUCAUUAGGAAACACAAAAAUGAGGUAGUUAUAAUCUGUACAUACCAUAAAAUGCAUGAAAAUGCCGCUCACUCUCAGCUUUGUUGACUAGAUUUAAUGUGAAUGUACACUGAUUCCAAUACUUUCAACUAACAAACACAACAAUCAAGAUGUACACAACUGAACCAAAAAUCAUGGAUAUUCAUAAUAAUUAUUAUUUAAAAUAAUAAUUGUAAAGAAUACUUCACGUUAUGCACACUAUUUCAGUUGACUGUACCUGUUCUUUUAGAAUUCAAUAAAUUCUGAGUGUGAAAAAGGUGUAGUGGAUGCUCUACUGUAAUCUCGCUUGCAUUUUUUGGCACUAUUGCCAUCACAUUUAGAUUUAGAUUUUGCACCUCUUCCGCAACACAGUGUUUUCUUCUCAUCCUCACCAAUCGCAGUAUUUUUUUCAAUUAGAAAAUUGACCGUCUAUGACGAUU